AUGUUCAACCAAAGCACUAUGACAGGUUUUCUUCUCUUGGAAUUCUCUGAAAUUCGAGAACUGCAGAUUGUAUGCUUUGUGACAUUUUUCAUUAUCUACCUGACAGCUGUGGUUGGAAAUCUGCUGGUGAUCAAUGUUGUGGCACUCAACCAAUAUCUUCAUACUCCAAUGUACUUUUUCCUGGUGAAUUUAUCUGCUGUCGACCUUGGUUACAUCUCAGUCACCAUUCCCAAAGCUAUAGCUAACACCAUACUGGGCACCAGGCACAUUACGUAUUCUGAAUGUGUGGCUCAGGUCUUCUUCUUUGUUUUUUUUGCAUCUUCCGAGUUCUUCCUCCUGACAGUCAUGGCCUAUGAUCGAUACAUUGCCAUUUGCAACCCACUGCAAUAUGAGCUACUUAUGAACAAAAUAUCCUGCAUUCAAAUGGUAGUUAGUGUGUGGCUCGUUGGUCUUUUAUAUGCUGUUUUGCAUGCUAGCUGCACAUUUGGAAUCAUUUUUUGCUCUAAUGUCAUAAACCAGUUUUUCUGUGAAAUCCCACAGCUUCUCCAGCUCUCAUGCUCCAACUCAUACAUUUUUGAAGGAGGAGCUGUCAUAUUUUGUUCAGUGUUGAGCAUGGGAUGUUUUGGAUUCAUAAUUAUUUCCUAUCUGCAGAUUUUAAAAGCAGUGUUGAGGAUCCCCUCUGUACAAGGAAGGGAAAAAGCCAUCUCCACUUGCCUUCCCCAUCUCAUUGUCCUUUUUUUAUUUUUCUUCACUGGAAGCAUUGCUUACUUGGGACAAACAUCUACUGGUAGGUCCUCCUCAGACAUGGGGCUGAUGCUUGCAGUGAUAUAUUCAAUCAUUCCACCUUUCAUGAAUCCCAUUAUUUAUAGCAUCAGGAAUAAAGAUAUCAAGACAGCACUUUGGAGGGUUAUAAAUAUAAAAUAA